AUGAAAAAAGAAAAGCAAAAUAGCAAUAAUCUUCUACAGAGAGCAGCCACUUAGUCUAAGUACAGUAAGAAGACGAAAUCGCCCGCCUCAAGCUCCCAACCCAAGUCCUCGAACAACCACUCCUACUCACCUAAUCCCUCACUGCAAAGAGAAAUGUCACCUAAUUAUUCACUGACCAGAGGUAAUCCCAAUGUUCCAUAGAUACAAGGUCAGUAGUAUAACUAGGUGAAGUUGUAAAAAUCAAAGAGCAAGUAGCAGAAGUCAAUUUAGCAGUCAAGUAACAUGAGCCGCCUUUCUAUGAACUCCUUCGCUAACAAAAGACUUAGUAUGCCUAAGAAUGUGUCUUAACCACUCAAUAAAGUACCAGGAGAACCUUCACUUAAUCAAAGCAUUGGAAACGAAAGUUUCUACUCAGGAGACAAUGGAAAGCAAGGAAAAUCACCGAGAUCUCUGAUGAUUGUUCAGCAAAAGAAGAGACAGCACUAUUCAACAAGCACUAAUAACACACCAGCGAAUGGAAGAUAAUAUAGCAGCGGAGGCAAUCAUAAUAUAAUCGUUUAAAAAAAGAGGAACUCUUAAGUUUCACAGACUGCGAGUAAUUAGCAUAAUGAAAUGACUUUGCAGUAAUAUGUUGGGAAUGGUGUAAACAAUCCCAUAUACCAUGCUGGUGCAAAGUAGAUCAAUAACUAUUUAAUUGAGGCUAAUCUUAAUGCAAACUAAAUACUGAACUAGCAGAAAUAAAACAAGUAGCCUGCAUUUAGUACUAAAUCUUCAGGGAUAAAUAACAAAGUCUUGGCCGUUUCCAAUAUCAAUCAAAAUAUUUCUAAUCAUCAAAGUAAACACGCUGUAUCUGCGACUAACAAAGUCAGUACCACCUUUACUCAGAACUAGAAUAACAUGAAUAACAAUGUGAAAUUCGUUGAAAGAAGGCUUUCAGCUAAAAUUCUUGAUAACCAUAAAAAAGCUCAUCUGAAAGGCAAUGCAAUCUAGUAUGAAAAUUUAAUGCUACAACAAUUACUUAAGUAAUAGUAGAAAGAUUAGCAGGCCUUCAACAAAAAUAUGUCAGUCAUCUCAAUUGACCCAGUGCCUUCACUUUAAUAGCUAGCCCCUCAUAUGAUGCUUAAUAUCAGUUAUAAUAUGAAUAACAACAUAAAUCAUCAUACAUCAUCAGACCCUGGAGCUCAUUUUAUGAUAAGCAAUCAGGACCCAUCUCAAAUUAAAAAUUUGUUAGGUGGAUUUAGUCACUCUACUGAAGAUCAAUAGAGGUCUUUAAUGGAACAGGCUAGGGCGUACAAGACUUAAGUCUAGUCCUCUCAGUCUAAAUUAAACAACUCUAUUGCAACAGUUAAUAGUGUAGGUUUAGCACCAUAAAAUUACAAUCUUAACAACAGUUUGAUAAAUCAAACAGUGAUUGAAGGAUAAAUGUCUUAUGAGAAUUCCAUCCUAGGUGGUGCUAAGAGCAUUGACAAAAAAUACAGAGAUUAGAGUUUUGAUGUUACCAAGCCUACAAAGAAGAAGAUCAACUCAAAUAAAAGGCAAAAGUAGCUAUCUGGAAAUAGUAGCAGGAGGAAAAACUAAAAUGCUGCUGAAAAUCAGAAAUUUUCUCAAAGUCGAAGUAACUCUUCAAAGAGAAGAAGCAAUGUAUCAAAUCAUUAUGGCGCUUAGGUUAGAGAAUCCUCUAGGGUAUUUAGUAGUAACAACCCUACUUCAAGUCAUUCAAAUUCCUCAAAUCACUACUAAAACAAGAUUAAUAAUUAGAAGAUAAGCUUUAAAAAAAUAAGAAAUUCCAUGAUAGAUAAGAGCAAUGAGGCCACACCCUAUGAUGAAUCUAAACAACUCUCGUUUGAAUAUAAAAGACAACAGCAAUCAGAGGAAGACAGACUACUGCUUCAGAAAUUGGAUGAAGCACUAGCUAGAGAUCUUAUUGAUAAGUCAUCAGCUUAAAAGGUAGCCAUUUGUUCUAAAGUCUGGUCUGAGAUUAUUAGAAGAGAAGAUUCAGUAAUUGCCUCCUUACUUUCCAAAAUAAAAUCCUCAUAUGAAUUCCAUAUCAAAUCCUAAAACAAAGUGCUCUAGCAGUAACAAAAAGAAAUUGACUUUGAGUAGGAACUAAAACAAGAACGAUUAGAGAGAAAAAAUGCUGAAUCAAAGAUUGAAAAUUUAAGCCUCGAACUCAAGAGGCAGCAAUAAUGUAUAGAUAAGCAAGAGCUGGUGAUCCAAGAUAUGAAAAAGUAGAUUCUUGCUUACAGACAAGAGAUAAUAGAAUUAAGCACCAGUAAAAGAUAUUCUAAAGCAAGAAGGGAUCUUAGAGGAGGUAGUGAUAUGGAGAGUAGUAAAGUUCCUCGACUAGAUCUGUCCAAAGUAAAAAGAGAUAGUGAGGAGGAAGAUGAGGAAGACGAUGAUGAAUCUGACAACUCCAAGAAAUAAAAAAAGGUGAAAAAUGGUGAGAACGUGACAUACUAGCAAUAUUUGAAGUUCCUCGAAAAUGAAUCAAGAUUUGAUGAAAUGGGUGAGGAAUCCCAAGAGUCAAUUAUGAGAUAGGAGGAGCUAAAAUAACGUAAAAACAAGAUCAUUUAACUUCUUAAUGGAGAGAUUUCUGAAGAUGAUGGGGAAGUCCACAUUGACUAAAGUAGUGGAGGUGGCUUGGAAGAUGACUUAGAAAGAGACAACGGGAAUAUAUAGGAUGAUGAAUAUAAUGAUAAUCAAUAUGCUAUGGGCCAUGGGAGUAAUCUCAAUCUGGAUCCAGAUGAUAGUAACCCUCCUUCAACUGUGAAAAAAUAAAAAGAUUUGAGGACAAACAGUAGUGGAGGGGGACCUCAUAAACUGGUAGAUCCAGAGGGCAAUCUUAAGUCCAAACACCAAACUAAUAAAAAUGGUCUGGCUGGAGCGAAUUAGAAGCACUAGUCUAAAGUCAGAGACUUCAACCAAUAACUGUAGGACUAAGAUGGAGAAGAUGAUCUGGAUGCAGAUCAUGAUCAACAAUAGGAAGAGGACGAUGAUGAUGAUGAUGACUAUUUAGACGGCAUGGAGCAAGAGAUUGAUCUCAUUCGACACCAAAACAGAUCAGCUUAGAGUUUUUGA